ACUACUUUGGCCUGCUAAAGUUGAAAGUUGGCAGCAUUUAAAUGUAAACAAACAUCAAAAUCAUAAGACUAAAAGUUAGACUCUGUCUACUUUUACUUUUAAGACUUGGAUUAGAUACCAUUUUUUUUACCAGACUCUCUUAUUGCACUCGUGGUGGAAUUUUUCCAGUAAAUAAUAUUUAGAGAAAUGUCAACUAAAGCCACUGUACCUGACGAGAAAGCUGUAUUCCAUGAAAUUAACCCCAGAACAGUACUUAUAGUGAGAAUAGUGAAUGCCAUUACACUGAUUAUGAUUCUUAUAGCAGUGAUUGCAUGUUUUGUUCAAGGACACAAAAACAGUUUCUACUAUUUGCUUGUGUGUAAUCUUAUCAUCAGCAUUCUAGUAUAUCUAGUUGUGAAUUGGUGGUACAGAACUGGGGAUCUGGGCAGUGAAAAGUAUUGGUUUGUCCUGCUUCUCAAUGUUGUUAUCCUGUUCCAGUGUAUCAGCACAGAUACAUUUGUCUUCAAAGUGGACUCUGCGGAGACAGCAGCUACUACAACUCUUGCAACUACCUCAACACCAACAACGGUCACAGCAAAGGUUGCAAUGUAAUGUUACAGCUUGUCACAAACCAAAUGCAUUGUCCCCACAUCACAUGGUUAUGUAUGAUCUGUUGAAACUUGCUGGCUCAAAUCUAUAGUGUUUCAUUGUUGACUAUUUUUAUAAGGCUGUUGACAUUUAACUUUAUUCUGUAAAUAAGAAUUUCUUUUUAUGGAUUUUUGUUAUUUUUUGGGAGAUCUGUUUACUCAUUUUAUUUAACUGUUAAACUACAAUAUUAAAAUUAAUACAUUUUCAUUGACUUCUGAGUAUUUUUAUGUCUAAAAAUAUCUUUUUACAAUUUUAUCUUUUUAAGUAAUAUACUGGCAUUCAUUUUGUCUUUUUUUAUCUAUCAACAAAAAUAACUGAAAAACAUAUUCCCCCCCCCCCCUUUUUUUUUUUAAAUUAAUUUUCUAAAUCAAUACUCUACCUAUUUAUAACAAUCUAGAUGUAAUUAUUCACCAUUCUGUUGUAGAACUUUAAGCAGAUCACAUACAGUAGACUUUUGUAGACUAUGCUCUAAACCAAACAAAUAUGAAAGUCAUUGCUGAUUUUCUAAUGUUUAGCUCCUAACCACUUAUUUGCAUAUUGAUGAACAUUUCUUGUAACUUUGUAUGUCAUUAGUUUGAUUUUAGUUCCCACCUGGACCAAGUUUCCCUGUUUAUUGCUCUAUCAACUAGUACAAGAAAAGUGGAGCAUCUAUUUAUUGUAGAGUAACAAUAGAAAUGAACAAUAAAAACUAGUUGUCUCCCAUGGCCCACUGCCAGUGUAUUUGUGAGAUUUCCUUUUAAUUGCAUAUUUAAAAACAAAUUAAUUAAUGUUAAUGCUACAGUUUGUCUCAAUUCUUAUUUUUCAACUUUUAACCUUUCUCAAACUGCUAUUCCUGCUUGAUGCUUCUUUUUGUGUCCUCUAUCACUACCCUUAAGAUGUCAAUCACUGUUCUCUAUUUAGUUGAACGUGGCUUUCUCUCUGCAUUUUGAAAAGGAAGCAAGACAAAAAACAACUGAUGUUUUAAUAUGCUAGAAAUAUGACUUCAAAGUAUGUCUUAACCAAGGGAAAUGUGACUUUAAAGUAUGACUUAACCAAGGGAAAUGUGACUUUAAAGUAUGUCUUAACCAAGGGAAAUGUGACUUUAAAGUAUGUCUUAACCAAGGGAAAUGUGACUUUAAAGUAUGACUUAACCAAGGGAAAUGUGACUUUAAAGUAUGACUUAACCAAGGGAAAUGUGACUUUAAAGUAUGUCUUAACCAAGGGAAAUGUGACUUCAAAGUAUGUCUUAACCAAGGGAAAUGUGACUUCAAAGUAUGUCUUAACCAAGGGAAAUGUGACUUCAAAGUAUGUCUUAACCAAGGGAAAUGUGACUUCAAAGUAUGUCUUAACCAAGGGAAAUGUGACUUUAAAGUAUGUCUUAACCAAGGGAAAUGUGACUUUAAAGUAUGUCUUAACCAAGGGAAAUGUGACUUUAAAGUAUGUCUUAACCAAGGGAAAUGUGACUUUAAAGUAUGUCUUAACCAAGGGAAAUGUGACUUUAAAGUAUGUCUUAACCAAGGGAAAUGUGACUUUAAAGUAUGUCUUAACCAAGGGAAAUGUGACUUUAAAGUAUGUCUUAACCAAGAGAAAUGUGACUUUAAAGUAUGUCUUAACCAAGGGAAAUGUGACUUUAAAGUAUGACUUAACCAAGGGAAAUGUGACUUUAAAGUAUGUCUUAACCAAGGGAAAUGUGACUUCAAAGUAUGUCUUAACCAAGGGAAAUGUGACUUCAAAGUAUGUCUUAACCAAGGGAAAUGUGACUUCAAAGUAUGUCUUAACCAAGGGAAAUGUGACUUUAAAGUAUGUCUUAACCAAGGGAAAUGUGACUUUAAAGUAUGUCUUAACCAAGGGAAAUGUGACUUUAAAGUAUGUCUUAACCAAGGGAAAUGUGACUUCAAAGUAUGUCUUAACCAAGGGAAAUGUGACUUUAAAGUAUGACUUAACCAAGAGAAAGGGGUCAUAAAAUCAAUGUUGAGAAGUGUGACUUAACCAAGUGAAAUAAGCCAUAAAGUCAAUGUUGAGACAGAAUUGAGUCUUAUUACGAUUUGUGACAACGGUGGUGGUGGUGGGGGGGUUGGUGGUGUUAAUAUCACAUGAUUUAAAUUACUGAUGUUACUUCGAAAGAGAAAAUAAUUAUGUCUAACGUGUAUUCAUAUGCCAAUGUAAUAAUAGGUUAGAUACUGGUGUAUAACGAGAACAUCCUUUCUGUUUAAUGGCCUAUAUCACAUUAGUUAUUUGAUGGCUGCCGGGUCAUGUCGUUUGGACUUAUCUAUGGUCCCGGGUUCAAACUCUCCUGCUCCCAUCCCCCUUUGUCCUGCUGGAGGUUUGGACAAGGAAGUAAAUUAUCUUCAACUCUGAAAAAACAUCCGAAACAUGUCAAACAUUUGACCAACAAACAUUUGAUUGUCUUGCUUUCAGUUAAAUAAAGAGUUACCAAUUUGAUCACAUCAUCUUAAUUUAAAACACUUUUCUUAAAUAGUGAAAAAAAAAAGUCCCUAUUAUAAAAAUGUUAACCUUGGCACAACCAUUUUUAAAUAAGUAAUUUUCUCUUUACAUCAUACUCAUACUAAACUAAAUGUUAAGUAACUUCUUAUAUUAAGCUUAUUCAAUUUCAGUCAGUCUCAUCCUUUGCAUUAUUGUUUUUUUUUAACAUUAUUUAGAUCUUUAUGUAUUUUCUAGUCUUCUAGCUUUAAGAUGUGUGUAUAACCAGUAUUGUUAGUGGGAUUUUCUAUCACUGUUAAAAGAUAUUUUAUUAUUAAUUUCAUAAUUAUUUUUAAAAGUCAAUUUGAAGUGCUACUUUGUUCUGUUUUCUAGGCAUAUCAUGUAAUAAACAGACUUUGACUCUGAGACCAAAUGUUGGAAAGAAAAGUUUUAUUUGACCUACUUUAUUUGUGAAAAAAAAACUAAAAUGGACAUUUUACUUGUCAUUGCAGUUUAUUAUAAAUAUUAUUUACCAACAGUCUGAUGUUUUUUAAACUAUUUCUUUUAAAGGAAAAAUCUCUCUAUUAUUUACUUUUGUUGAUGAAAUAUAUACAUUGUUUUCUUUAUUAAACUAUGUUUUGAUAAUUUUCAUUA